AAACGGAAACCUAGGCACUAGACAAUGAUUCAUGGGUUUGUUCCCUUAGCUUUACUGAUGCUAUUCAGUCUAGUUUUUAAACUAAUUUGAAUCUUUUGGAUGGUUCUGAAUAUUGCUAAGGUAAACAUCUCUAGGAAUUCGUGAACUGAACAGCUGUCCAUUAUAGUCGGUGCGUCAUCAAAACAUCGCCCCCCACGCAAACCAACGCACAUCAACCAACAAGACCCCGAUCUCUCGCGAGAACAGAGGUCAUACUGAUGUGUAUUUGUGGGGAGGUCUGACAAACGUUUAGCGUUCCAGCUGAUGUCUUGCAUUGAGCAUACUAGGAGUGGGUAUUGCACAUCGGUGAAAGAAGAUGGGGCCACGAUACUGAAGUAUACAAACAAAUACCUCCGCUUCCUGUCACUCUUUUCGUCUACAAUGAACACAGCACACCUUCAGCGAAGACCUUGUGGCGAAUAGGCUCACAUGCGUCCUUUAAACGAGGAGGACCUUAUAUGCGCGAGUUGUGAUGGGGGAACAAGGGGCACAGGAAAUGGAUAACCAGCUGCACAAGAGCCCCUGUGAGAGAUUCGAUAUUCGGUGGACUUUUAGCUUCCAGUGGGCCGCUAACCUCAGCGAACGUGUCGGUCUGAAUUGCCCAAGAGGAGCAAAUGUUAUGUGUCCCGUUUAGGGCCAAGUUUUGUGUAUCAGUUCGAGGCAAACGGCAGCCCGAUGAGCUCUUUACCUCGUCAAAAGAUUAUGCUAUUGUUUUGCUUCGCACCAUGGGGCCAGUGAUGGAGAGCUACAGACGGAUAUAAUCCCCAACUGUGGCAAAACCUGAUAAAACAGACUAUUUCAAACGCUCACUUGCUCGUUGUAGCCUCUCGCCGUUCAAGGUUUUCAUUCACAGAGGUGUGGACGCAAUGAGAAAUGGAUAAACUAACCAUUAUCUCAGGAUGUCUCUUUCUCGCAGCCGAUAUUUUUGCCAUCGCUAGUAUUGCAAAUCCCGACUGGAUCAACACUGGGGAAGCAGAGGGUGCUCUUACAGUGGGCCUUGUCCAGCAAUGCCAGACCAUCCAUGGGCGAGACAGGACCUGUAUCCCACCCAGCCUCCCACCGGAGUGGGUCACCACCCUCUUCUUCAUCAUCAUGGGCAUAGUCUCCCUCACCAUAACCUGUGGCCUGCUAGUGCUCUCACACUGGCGACGGGAGGCCACCAAAUAUGCCCGCUGGAUCGCCUUCACAGGAAUGGUCCUGUUUUGCAUGGCUGCUCUCAUAUUUCCCAUUGGAUUUUACAUCAAUGAAGUCGGAGGACAGCCGUACAAGUUGCCCAACAACACCGUUGUUGGUUCUUCUUACGUACUUUUUGUUCUGUCUAUUUUCUUUACAAUAGUAGGACUGCUCUUUGCAGGAAAGGUGUGCUUACCUGGCUGACAGACUCCACUGUUGUUGCUAAGUUGGAAAAAAAAAAACCCUGUAAGGGUUUGAAAGCAUUUCCUCAAAAUGCAUACACUAGAAUGGGGAUAUGAGACACUUGUGUUUCCACAAUUUUCCCUCCUGUAAUGCACUAUGGAAGAUGAUGGUCCACUUUGCAAGGAACACAAAGAAGAAGAAUACCAUCAUGCCAUAAACAUCAGGCUUGCUGUUCACAACAGCACAAACCAUCAAUAAGCUCCCGCUUGAAUCCCCUAUAUCCUUAAGCGCAUUAAAUUACUAUGGUCACUAUUGUUUAAUAGUUUGGUUCUCUGAUCUUGUUUCAAUGCUGUUUUACUCAGCAAAUGCUACAGUUGAACUGUAGCCCUCAGCUUUCCAGAGAUCUCUGCAAAGGGAGGGAGCUUCCUGGAAGUGUAAGUUGGGUGGUCAAAGAGGUUCAUGAACAUCCAUAUUUGAUCCCUCCCAGGAAAAGACUUGUAAAGAGUGAGGGGAGACAUGGUCAAAAGUAUUAUUAUUAUUUUUUUCCCCAAAGGGAACAUAUAUAAAUUAAAUAUUUGGCAAAAAGCCAGUCAGGACUGCUGGUUACAUGUACGUGGGGCUGGCCACAGAUUCAAGAAAUAGUGGCGAAGUAUCUCUCUUCAGUGGGCAGCCCUCACGAUCUGACCAAUCAUUGGAAUCGAACUGUAAAGAAAGAAUGGGAAUUCAAGGACAUUUCUUUUUUUUUAUGUUAACGAUUCAGUUGAACUUAUAAAUGAGCUUUUUUCUGUAAAUGCACUGCAUCAGGGUAUUUCACAAAUCUAUUUGUUUUUUUUGUUCUAUUAAAUGUUCUGUUUGGUUAUUUUUUUGCCCAGAAAUCUGUAAUGAACAAUUUGAGGAAGCACUGUGAUGGAGUUGAACUACUUGGGCAAAUACUAAGAGCCAUUAUAAACUGUUACAGACCAAAA